CCGCAACAGGAAAACUGAAAACACCGUCCCGCUUGGACUGAUGUCGUCAGAUUGCCCCCCUUGGCUGGUGUCUUGCGGAGGCAGCCCUCUCUCUGGUUAUUAUUCAUUUAUAUUUAUUGAUAUUUAGCAGACCUGGAGAGAAAAUCUUUGCCUAUAACAUUACCGAUCCACCACUUGCUGAAUGAAAGCUUCAUGGCUCAACAGAAGAGCGAUGGUAUCCCUCAGUUUUGCCGCAUUUUCGACCUAAGUUACAGUUGACCAUGGUGCUCCUCACGUCUUCGGGUAUCUCCCUUGCAAUAUCAACGUCUAUCAUUGGCUUAUUUACCCUUCUUCUAUUUUUAUCAGGCUAUGUGCUGCAGCAACAGUCAGUCCGAGGUAUGCAAGCCGCCCUCAGCCCUACCGCGCCAACCCAUCCAGCAUCGCGCCCCUAUCCUGUAGCAGGAGGCUCACCUGCUGGCGCAUAUGUUAUUGUCAAUCAAGGGAAAGAGGCAUUCUCCAGCCCUGAUGUUGUUGUAACAGACAGUGGUGAUACAGGAGAAGGAAGAGACGGAGAGCUAGGGGAGUCCUCGGGCUAUGAGGGGAUGAAUUCACGGCAAUAUGAUCAAGGAAGCAAUUAUGGACAAAAGCAUAAACAAGUAUAUCUUCAAAUGGUAUCAAGACCCAGCGUGUCGGGUAUCUGCUCGAGUCUUCUAUUCUUUAAAACGCUCGCCUCUCAGAGCAAGAUCACGACAGAUAAAGUUUUUCUUUACCCCAAAUCGUGGGACAACAACGCGCCAACCAGAAGUAUCGUGGAGGCGUUAAGCACCCUCAAAAACCACCAAGACGUAUAUGACAUAAUUAUACAUGCCAUCGACAUGACGGAUCCCAACUACCACUUCCCAUCCAACACCAAACUCCUCAGCAAAGCCUCGCAUAAAUUAACUCACUACGAAAAGAUCUUCUUCACCCGCUCCCCCGGCAUGCUUCUCAAUGCCUCAAAACUCAACCAACUAUUCUUCUCCGAACCACCCACAUUUUCAUCCUCGUCCUCAUCUUCAUAUUCACCAUUGUCGUCAUGGAAGAAGAGAAGAAAACCGAACGACAAUUCACAGACCGAUAUGUGGGUGCCAACCCGCCUAUCAACCAUGAACGCGGACCUUCCCUAUGCGUUCCUCGUCACAACAGACCAUGACUCCUCGGGCCGUGUUUCUAUAAGAUCACACGUCCCGAUUCCAUCUGUUAAACAGUCAUUGAUCGUUCCAGCAAUACCUAGAUUCCCAGCCGAGAGAGUCACGGAGCUACAUCCCGCCUAUGUGUUCUUUGACAAAAGUAAGAAUCAAAUGAGGGAAAUGGGCACUGUGUAUUAUCAGGAAUGGAAGAAGCAGGUGCAUGAUGCCUGCCAGGGGAUUGAAAUUAAUGAUUGAUGUACUUAUCUGGGAAAUUUUGUGAAUUUUUGGAUCGGCGUUUAGCGUGCAAAUGGGUGGUUUGUGUUUAUGGUUGUCUUCGCAUUUUGCAUAUUUCCGCUUGUCUCUUUUCUUUUUUCUUUUUCUUUUUCUUUUUCUUUCUUUUUUUUCCCAAUAUCUCGCCGGCUUGGCUUGAGUGUAUGUGUAUCUGAAUUCACCUUUACUUGGACAUUACUGUAUGAUAUACGUUGUUGGGUAUGAUUCCCCUUGAAACCUGACCUUUUUAGACUGCAAGUUAAAAUUUUCCAGGCGCAGUUUAUUCUACAUUUGUUCGUCACUGAAACGCAAUCAAUUGGGCUCUUCGGCUGAAACGCUCUGUUACGCUCUGUUGUAUGAGUUCUAAUUGAAAGACAAAACUAUGAAUACAUCAAUUACAUCAGCGUGGCAUAUUAUUUUCGGCUUAACAAAACCUGUUGAUAGAUUCGAAUCCCCUGCCACUUGUUGAUUAACACUCCCUCCAAACAUUCCAAGGAAGAGCUGCCCAAUAUCCCAGCGCCAGUUCCAUAAGUCAUUCC